UCAGUAAGUAUUUACACGACAUAUCACUAGUUACAUUCGUUUACUAAUUCGGUUAGUACGAUAAGCAUUGUUAGUACCGAUUUUAUUAUUUUUCCGUCAGAUUUCUUGAAUGUGCCAUUAAAACACUAGGAAAAAAUGAGUAACCACGAUCCCCUGGAUUCGGACUGCAUCACCCUGACGAGAUUCGUACUAUCGGAACAGAAAAAAGUACCCCAAGCCACGGGAGAACUCACACAACUCCUCAACUCCAUUCAAACAGCUGUCAAAGUUAUUAGUAGCGCUGUCAGACGGGCGGGAAUAACGCAAUUGUUUGGUAUUGCUGGUCAGACCAAUGUACAGGGUGAAGAAGUAAAAAAACUGGACGUGCUUGCCAAUGAACUAUUCAUUAAUAUGCUCAAGUCAUCUUACACAGUAGCGUUGCUGAUUUCUGAGGAAAAUGAAACAGUAAUAGAGGUUGAUCUAGAAAGACGUGGAAAAUACAUAGUAGCCUUUGAUCCCCUGGAUGGAUCUUCCAACAUUGACUGUCUGGUGUCUAUUGGUUCCAUCUUCGCCAUUAUGAAGAAAGAAGACAACAGCAUACCUACUCUUAAGGAUGCGUUACAACCAGGCACCAAAGUGGUUGCCGCUGGUUACGCACUAUAUGGUAGUGCUACCAUGAUGGUGCUGUCACUGGGAAGCAGUGUCAACGGGUUUAUGUUGGAUCCAACUAUUGGGGAAUUCGUAUUGACUGAUAGGGAUAUGAGAAUACCCAACAGAGGUAAAAUAUAUGCAAUAAAUGAAGGAUACACUCAUCAAUGGGAACCAGCAAUAAAGGAAUACGUGCAAAAUAAGAAAGACCCAUCAAAGGGCAAGACUUACAACGCAAGGUACGUUGGUUCCAUGGUUGCUGAUGUCCACAGAACCAUCAAAUAUGGAGGUAUAUUUAUUUACCCUGCCACUACAUCGUCUCCCAAAGGAAAGCUUCGCUUACUCUAUGAAUGCAUCCCUAUGGCACAUAUAGUUCAAACAGCUGGAGGAUCAGCAUCAAAUGGAAAAAUACCAAUUUUGGAAAUUCAGCCACAAGCAAUACAUGAAAGAUCACCCAUAUUUUUAGGCUCUAAAGAAGAUGUGGAGGAAAUACUAGAAAUAAUUAAAAAACAUGAAAAAUCAUAGACUCCCCGAUAGAUAAAUAAAAGACUGGAAUUAGAAUUUAAUAUUUAAUGUUAGAACAAAAAAUUUUUAAAAACA